AUGACAACUAGUAUCCCGUCUGUCGAAACGGUCAAAGAACCAAAAGUGGAGGGUAAAAAAGCCAACGACGCGGCGGAAUCGGAGGACAAUCGAUCCGGGAGCACGACCAAAUCACAACGAGUUACCGGUAUCGGGCUGGGCAAUAUAUUCAGCGGUCAACCGAUUCAGUUGAAACAGACCUCAUUGAAAGAGGUAAUCAAAGAUGUAAGUUUCUGCACCCGGAGUUUGAGGGUAUUCAUGUUUUCGAACAUUUUGAAUCAUCAACCCUUUCAUCAGUUGUUUCUGAUUUAUCGUAAACUAGAAUAG